AUGGCCAGACCCCCAGUCCCGCUCCUGACUCAGAACCUCCAGCCCUCGGGGAGCACUGCCCUGCUCAGGGACCUGGAUGCCACCAUCCAAAAUCCUUCAUCAGAGCCCCCCAGGACAUCCCUGUGUCACCCACGGAACCGGCAGCCAGAGGCUGGGGGGCGAUGGGGUGGCAGGGCUGAGCCGGGUCAGUGCGGGGUCCUGGGGGUCCCUCGGCAAAGCGCCAGCGAGAGGGAGAAGCUGCGGAUGCGGCGCCUGGCACAGGCUCUGCUGCGGCUGCGGCACUACCUGCCACCCACCCUGGCACCCGCCGGGCAGAGCCUCACCAAGAUCGAGACCCUGCGGCUGGCCACUCGCUACAUCGCUCAUCUCUCGGCCCUGCUGGGGCUCAGCGAGGAGGUGCUGGCCCGGCGACGGGGGACCCUCUCCCGGCACUGCCCGCUCUGCCCCCAGGGCCUGGGGUGCUGCCAGGGCCCGCCCCCCCGGCUGUGCCCACCAGCCCCGCGGGAUGCUUCGUCCCCCGGCUCUGUGGGCUGGGGGUCACCUCCCACGGCAGGGUCCCCCCCAGAGCUUCGCGAGGUUCCUGGCGGAAGCCCCCAGAGGUUCUUGGAGUUCCUGACAUUGGGAUGGAGACUUGGGGGUCCUCCCACUACAUCCCUAUGA